AGGUAAAUACAUUAAACAUGACCGUUACAUUUCCAAAAUUUCAAAUUUUCUGACCCCCAAUAAAUUUAACUGAACAACCAAACUAACCCCACAUCACCAUUGCAUAUUUUAAAGAAUCACCAAAUCUAUUUGAAAGAUGGAAACUGAAGAAGAUGAGAAAAUGCAGUUCCUGAGAUCCAAAGCAACGGAUCUUCUCCUCAGAGAAGAAUGGAAAGAAUCUAUACAAGUCUACUCUCAGUUCAUCUCUCUUUGUCAAAACCACAUUUCAGAUGCUCGAAAUCAACUCGACACGGAUCGCCUCUUGAAGCUUCGAAAGUCAAUGUGCUUGGCUUACUCAAAUCAGGCAGAGGCCCGGUUUCGUCUUAGAGAUUUCAACCAAGGUUUAAAAGAUUGUGAUGAAGCUUUGGAUAUUGAAAAUGCCCAUUUCAAGACUUUGUUAUGUAAAGGUAAGAUCUUGCUUAAUCUUGAUAGGUACAAUCUUGCUUUGCAAUGUUUCAAGAUUGCAGUUCUUGAUCCUCAGGCUAGUGUAAAUUCUGACGCGCUAAAUGGGUUUUUGGAGAAAUGUAAAAAGAUGGAAUCUUUAUCAAGAACUGGAGGUUUUGAUUUCUCUGAUUGGAUACUUUCGGGGUUUCGAGGCCAGUUGCCUGAACUAGCAGAGUACACUGGCCCAGUUGAAAUCAAGAAAUCUGAGAUUAGUGGGCGUGGUUUAUUUGCAACAAAGAAUCUUGAUAGUGGGACUUUGUUGUUGGUUACAAAGGCUAUUGCUGUGGAGAGAGGUAUCUUGCCUCAAUCCGAUAUUGAUAACGCGGGGCAAUUAGUAAUGUGGAAGAAUUUGGUUGACAAAGUUGUUGAUUCAGCUGGGAAAUGCAACAGAACUUAUCAUAUUCUAUGCAAGUUGUCGACUGGUGAUGAAGAGGAAAGUCUGGAGGUUCCUGAUAUAGAUCUGUUUAGGCCUGAUGCAGAUGAGAGUUUAUUUUCAAAUGAAAACGUUGUUAAGAGUAGAUUAUUGAGUAUAUUAGAUGUGAAUUCUCUUACUGAAGACAUGAUUUCUACUAAAGUCUUGGGUAAGAGUAGUACUGAUUACUACGGUGUUGGAUUAUGGGUGCUUUCUUCGUUUAUAAAUCAUUCUUGUUAUCCUAAUGCCAAGAGAUUCCACAUUGGUGAUUAUGUGAUUGUUCAUGUUUCUAGAGAUGUUAAAGCAGGAGAAGAGCUCACAUUUGGAUAUUUUGAUGUGUUUUCGCCUUUGUGUAACCGUAAAAAAAUGGCUGCAAGUUGGGGUUUCGAUUGUAAUUGUAAGAGAUGCAAGUAUGAGGAGGGAUUAUGCAGUAAGCAAGAGAUGAAAGAAAUGGAAAUAGGGAUCGAGAGAGGCUUAGACUUGGGAGGUGUGGUCUAUAAACUGGAGGAAUGUAUGAGAAGAUGGAUGGUACGAGGAAAGGCAAAAGGGCAUCUAAGGGCCUCGUUUUGGGUGGCCUAUUCAGAAGUUUUCGGAUCAGAUAAGUUGAUGAGGAAAUGGGGAAGGCGAAUUCCAGCAAUGGAGGCACUGGUGGAGAGUAUUGUAGAUGGAGUAGGCGGUGAUGGCAGAAUUUUGAAGGUGUUCAUGGAGGGGAUGAAGAGAAAUGGCGCUGCCUAUGGUGGUGGAGGUGGAGUUGUGGAGAUGGAAAAAGCGAUGAAAUUAGGAAGAGGAGCAUAUGGAAAGGUAAUGAAGAAACAAGCAAUGAAGUCUAUACUUGAGCUUAUUACACAAAGUUGAAGCUAAAAUUCUUCGAAAACUUGCUGGCAGUUUUUCAUUUUAUAGUAGCUAUGGAUUGUUCAAGUUUCUCUUGAGCAGAAUACUAAUUGUCUGAUUAUUUGAACAAUAUGAGGGUUAUCUAAUGAAGUUUGUUUUACACUAAA